UGUUGUGCUCUCCAGCCGCUUUCCAAGCCACGAAACCCGUUCGCGACCGUCGCUCUCGAUUCGGACUCGGACUCGUAUUCCGUUCGCGCAUGCGCCGCCACCUCUGAUUGCUGCGCAGAGUGUGUUGUUUCGUAACUCGUGUCCCAGUUUCGCUUCGGCGUUCGCUUUUCAUUUCGUUGCGCUGGAGUCGCCGCCGCUCGCUUGUUGGCCAACCGAAAUGCACCAUUGAGUCAAGUAGCCAAAGCCCAGAGCGCCGCAAAGCCAACCGAAUUAAGCGGCCAAGUGAUGUGCAAUCGACUCGAUCCGCCGACAGGAUUCAGUUUGGGAUUAAGACAACAGCAGCCACCGGCCGGAGCAUGAGAUCGCAUGUGGCCGUUUACAGGGCACCAGACACUGCACCGCCACCACCACCACCAGCAUCUAACUACGCUCCCCUGCGAUACCAUCACCACCAUCAGCCUCCGCCACCGCAGCCGCAGCAGCAGCAUCCUCCGCUGAGCCACUGGCCCGGAGUCCAGACAGUAGCACCAACACCCAAUCCUUCCCAAGCUUCGGCUUACAGACUACACCAUGGUCACCCGGCGCCCAGCUGGCCUUCAGCUCCUGCGGCAACGGGGCAAGCCCAAACAGGUGGUUACGGUGGCGUGGUCAACCAGCAGCGGAUCAAUGAGUGUGCCGGCAUACCGCUCAUCUCGAAUGCCUCCACUCACUUGUCGCCUGCCCAGCGUCAGCGUCUUUUAAGAAAAUCCGUACCCAAAUCACCGCAAGCAUGGCCACCGGGCGGAGCCUCUAUGUCCCAGCUGGCAGUGCAUGCCCAGGGAAUGCCUCUGCUGCAGCAGAAUGGAAAGCAACAUCAACACCUACAGCAACAGCAGCAGCAGCAGCAUCACCAUCAUCAUCAUCCGCACCACCCACAUCCGCAUCCUGGUCCGCCCAAUUGGAGUGCCUACCAGGGUAUGAGCAGUCCCAGCUUCAAGAUGGCAGAUAAAUCCCGAGUUCUGCGCUACCAAAACUCGGCACCGCCAGUGCUUAGUAGCAGCAGCAGUAGCAGCAGCCAGGAGAAGCCACAAAAUAGUGGUGGCAGCUGCCAGGAUCAGGGAAAUUCACCUUCGGAAACCUGUUUGCCCAGGAUUAUCAAGCCGCGAAAGCGACGCAAGAAGGAUCGCAAGCCGGGCAACGGAUUGCUACUCAAGAUGGAGUCGGAUAUGCAAACCAAGAUUAACAAUCAGAGCGAGGGAUAUUUAGUGGGAGGAGGAGGAUCAGGAUCCUAUCACCUGCCGCCUGGGAUAUUGCAGCACGAUCAUACGCACGGCGUUUGUUUCUGCCGCGAAUGUGAUCCGCUGCGUUCUCUGUGGGAUUAUCCGCUCCGGCGUUCGCUGUCUGAUGCCUCGUCCAGCGAACAGGGCGGUGGCAGCAGCAAGGAGUCCUCCACUUCCACUUCCUCUACAUCAUCCACGCACAGUUCGGAUAGCUCCUGUGACAGCUCCAUCUGCAGCCAGAGCCUGCCCAGAUCGUCGUCUUUGGCCUUGCAGGAGGAGACCACGGAGGAAUUUUCACCCAUCACCGGGGAUAGCAGUCGGGCGGAUAUAGUGGGCGUAAUUGGAUCCCAGCGGAGCCACCCGAAUGCGGUGACCACGCCCUCACAGUGCCUGAGCGAUGAUUCCGGCUACGGCGAUAUCCUGAGUGGGAUCAACAUAGCCAACGAUCUGUUUGGCAAUUGCUUCAGAGGCGGGAAACUGGGCAACGCCUCCUCCUCCUCGAUUUCCGCCCAGGCGGAGACCCUGCUGGACGAAAGCCUCAAUGAGAUAUCGCGCAAGCUGAUCGAGACUUGUAAUGCGGCCGAUCAGGCGGUGCUGGGAUCUGGCUCUGUCUCGGGAUCGGGAUCGGGAGCAGCCAGUGACAGUGGCUUGGAUAGUGCUGGCAGCCACAGCUGCGAUUCGGGUCUCGUCUUUAACUUUGAGCAUUUGAAUCUGACGGAUGUGACGCCCACAGCCUUGGAUUUUCUCGUGGAUUGCAACAAUAAUACCAGCACCACCAAGAGCUGCAGCACCUCCGGCAGCAACAACAACUGCCUGGGCUUGGUGUGGCGCGGAGGAAGGCAUCCAAAUGCAAGCGGAGGUGGCAGCCACGAUGACAGCCAAGUGGCAGCUGCCAAACUGGGCCCAGACAGUCGGGCCACACCCGCCAGGCUAAUACUGGGCACGGUGGGUAAGCUGAAGCCAGCAUUUUCCACCAUCUCGUGACGACGACGAUGACGACAAUGGAAAAUCAAAUCGAAACCGAAGAAGAAUGAAAACGGCCCAAGUCCCAGGUACCAGCGCGUGGGCGGAUUUUGAUUGGGAAAUUUGAGUCUACCGAAAGCACUUGGGAGUUUCUACCAAAACCAAUAACCAAACCCAAGCCCAAAUUGCAUAAUCCCAGCGAAGCGAGCGAAGAAAGAAGAAAACCCAUUAAAUGGGCACAAAGCACAUGUGAGACGAUCAUCACAUCAUCAUCAUCAUAAACUCCGACGCCGCUACGAACACCGAUCAUCAGAGCGAAAAACAAAAGGCCAACGAGUUGACCAAAUGGGCCCAAGCAGGCAGGCAAGCAGGCGGAUGGAUGGAUGGAUGGAUGGAUGGAAGCGAUCCCAACUAAAUGGGAGACAGGCCGGGACUGGGGACUUGGAAACCCUGUACAUACCACAUACACACUCCGACUCCGAUUCCGUCUACGAAUCCCACUUCCACUUCCACUUCAACUUUCACUUUCACUGCGCGCGGCGGUGGCGGCGUUUUGUAUUUCUGCAUUUUUUAAGACACAUUUUUCUUUUCUUUUUCUUUUUGCCAAAGACCACAUCAGAUGCGGAGGAGGAGUAGGAGAUUGGGGGUUACGGGGUAGUGGUGCUACUCUUAUGCAGAUUUAGUGGCGCAAAAAGAAGAAGAAACUGUAGAAAUCGUGUGCGAACCUAUAACUAUAUCUAUGUAUCUCCAUCUGCCCCUACACAUACAUUUAAUUGCCGUUGUUAUUUGUGCAUUAACGUAAUCUCUCCCAUAGGAGCCAGGAGAGAAAGAAACCUACCCAAGGGUCUUGGGACUUGGCUUGUCCAUGUGUUAGCUUGUAUCUUUUGAGUUUAAGCCACGUUCCUACAUGUUAGUUGUGUGUAUUUUUAUAUAGUUUUUGGGUUCUCCUUAACUUGGUUUAGUCGGUUUGGUUUUUUUUACUUAGUAUGUAAUCGAAGCGCUACAACGUGAACUUUUAUUAGUUGAUAAGUUUGGCUAGGGUCUAGGAUAACCUUAGGAGCACAUAGAAAGGAUCUCUGGUGGUUUUAUUAGAGUCUUAAAUGUCUGUUACAAAAUUGUAUAUGCAAUGCCUUUCAGAACUGAACAGUAAUCAAUCUUUGUUCAGAGUAAAGUGAAUUCAAUAAUAAUUUAUAUGUCAAGUCUUUCUGAAAUGCAUUGCAGCAGAGAACUAAACACUCAUCUGUUUCCCAUAGAAUUAUUCAUCAGUUUUUAGUUAGAUUCAUGGGGUUUAUCUAUCGCGUUAUGUUUCCGAAUUAAGAUACUCAUUGCGCCCAAAACAGCCGAAGGAGAGUAGCAAAAUCUGGUGCACAAUUAAUUUCAACUGAGAUGAUCGCCAAGCAUAAAAUCUAAAUCUGAAAAUCGAGAGCAGCCCUAGUUACCUGCUUAGCUUAGUUGUGUUGUGGAGUUGGCGAGUAAAAGUUUUCGCCUUUUUUCUCUUUUCUUUUUAAUUAAAAGAAACUCACGAACAACGCGCGCACAGAAAUUGCUUGAAGUUUUCCGCUCUGCUCGACUCUGACUUGGCUGGAAUCGUGUGUUGUUGGCUCAGAGUCUUGGUCUCAGCAUCUCGGCAUCAGCAUUUUCUGCUAUUGCUGCUGUGGAAAAUGUCACAGAUUUUCCAUUGGCAGCAGGUUCCGGCAGUCAGGCAGAGAGGCAGGCAGUUUGUGUUACCAUUCCCCAGAUAGAAAUUACCACUCAAAGUUAAUUUAUUUAAUUAAUAUAUAUUUUCACUAGUUGGUAUUGUUGUGUGCGCUCUCUCGUAUAGUGUAAGCAUAUAUCGUUUUUGCACAAAUAACAAUAAAUAUAGUCUAUAAAGAUAACACCCCUCUCUCAUCGCUUGUAACCCCUGCACACACCAAACACAAUAUGGCCAACUUAUUUAUUUUGAUUAAGCCCGAACGAGAACUCAA